CAAGAGGUGAGCGAGGCCCGGGACGUGAGGUUAGGGGCAGUCGUUUUGACUGGAGCAUGUUCACGGGGUGCGGGUGCACUAUUUGUUCCAGAACAGAAGAAAGGAGGAAAGAGGACAGAAGGGAGGAUGUGGAGAAGGUGGAGAGAGGCCAGGCCACACAAGGAGAAAACUUCCAGGAACUUCUUGGGGCCACAAUAGAAGGACGUUCCCAAGCCGGGAAUUGAAUCUGAGCUGAAGCUUCGAUCUACACCGAGGCUGCACCUGGGUCCUUUAACCCGCUUUUGUGAGCGGGGGAUCAGACCCAGGCCUCUGCAGCUGCCGGAGCCUCUGCAGGGGCCUGUCCUAUGGAAAGAACCUGCAAAUCCAGCACAGGGGCUUGGCCGGGAACCCAUGAGACCCCCUCUGGGGACAUCCUAGGACAUCUGUGAUGAAUCAGGAAGCAGGGCUGGCUCCUCAUGGACUCCAUUAGUCUCCAGCUGGGCACCAAGAACCUGUGGGGAUGGCUCGUGAGGCUGCUCUGCAAACACUCAGAAUGGCUGAGUGCCAAGGUGAAGUUCUUCCUCCCCAACAUGGACGUGGGUGCCAGGAACGAGGCCUCAGACCCCACACAGAGGGUCGUCCUACAACUCAGAAAACUGCACACCCAGAGUCAGAUCACCUGGCAGGCGUUCAUCCACUGUGUGUGCAUGGAGCUGGACGUGCCGCUGGACCUGGAGGUACUGCUGCUGAGCACCUGGGGCCACGGAGAAGGGCUCCCCAGUCAGCUGGAAGCUGAUGAGGAGCGCCCACCUGAGUCUCAGCCCCACUCUGGCCUCAAGCGGCCACAUCAGAGCUGUGGGUCCUCCCCUCGCCCAAAGCAGUGCAGGAAGCAGCAGCGAGAACUGGCCAAGAGGUACCUGCAGCUGCUGAGAACGUUUGCCCAGCAGCGUUACGACAGCAGGAGCCCUGGGCCAGGACAGUCGGUCGCCUGCCACCGAACCUACAUCCCGCCCAUCUUGCAAUGGAACCGAGCCUCUGUGCCCUUCGACACUCAGGAGGGGACUGUUGCGGGGGGCCCCAAGGCAGAAGAUGGCACGGAUGUGAGCAUUCGGGACCUCUUCAGUGCCAAAGCCAACAAGGGCCCGAGAGUCACGGUGCUUCUGGGGAAGGCGGGCAUGGGCAAGACCACGCUGGCCCACCGGCUCUGCCAAGAGUGGGCCGACGGUCAGCUGGAGCGCUUCCAGGCCCUGUUCCUUUUCGAAUUCCGCCAGCUCAACCUGAUCACAAACUUCCUGACGCUGCCGCAGCUCCUUUUUGAUCUGUACCUGAGGCCCGAGGCCGGCCCGGAGGCGGUCUUCCAGUACCUGGAGGAGAAUGCUAAUAAAAUCCUGCUCAUCUUUGAUGGGCUGGACGAGGUCCUCCACCCCGGCUCCAGCAAGGAGGCUGCAGAUCCUGAGGCCUCGGCGUCAGCCCUCACCCUCUUCUCCCGCCUCUGCCAUGGGACCCUCCUGCCCGGCUGCUGGGUCAUGGCCACCUCCCGUCCAGGGAAGCUGCCCGCCUGCCUGCCCACGGAGGUGGUCACGGUCAGCAUGUGGGGCUUUGACGGGCCACGGGUGGAGGCGUACGUGAGCCGCUUCUUCAGCGACCAGCCAGUCCAGGAGGCGGCCCUCGCGGAGCUGCGGGCCAGCAGGCAUCUCUGGAGCAUGUGUGUGGUGCCCGCGCUGUGCCAGGUCGCCUGCCUCUGCCUCCACCAUCUGCUCCCAGGCCGCUCUCCAGGCCAGUCUGCAGCCCUCCUGCCCACCGUGACCCAGAGCUACAUGCAGAUGGUGCUUUCCCUCAGCCCCCAAGGGCUCCUGCCUGCCGAGUCCCUGAUGGGCCUUGGGGAGGUGGCCCUGCGGGGCCUGGAGACGGGGAAGGUUGUCUUCACUGCAGGAGACAUCCCUCCACCCACGAUGGCCUUCGCGGCGGCCCUCGGCCUGCUGACCUCCUUCUGUGUGUACACGGAACCCGGGCACCAGGAGACAGGCUACGUCUUCACCCACCUCAGCCUGCAGCAGUUUUUGGCUGCCCUGCACCUGAUGGCCAGCCCCAAGGUGGACAGAGAGACACUUGCCCAACAUGUCACCCUCAAGUCUCGCUGGGUGCUGCGGACCAAAGCUAGGCUGGGCCUCUUAGACCACCACCUUCCCACCUUUCUGGCCGGCCUGGCCUCCUGCGCCUGCCACCCCUUCCUCACACCCCUGGCACAGCAGGAGGAGGUGUGGGUGCGUGCCAGGCAGGCGGCAGUCAUGCAGGCCCUGGAGAAGUUGGCCACUCGCAAGCUGACGGGGCCAAAGCUGAUAGAGCUAUGUCACUGCGUGGCUGAGACACAGAAGCCGGAGCUGGCCAGCCUCGUGGCCCAGAGCCUCCCCCAUCACCUCUCCUUCCGCAACUUUCUGCUGACCUAUGCCGACCUGGCUGCCCUGACCAACAUCCUCGGGCACAGGGACGCCCCCAUCCACCUGGAUUUUGAGGGCUGCCCCUUGGAGCCACACUGUCCCGAAGCCCUGGCAGGCUGCGGGCAGGUAGAGAAUCUCAGCUUUAAGAGCAGGAAGUGUGGGGAUGCCUUUGCUGAAGCCCUCUCCAGGAGUUUGCCAACAAUGGGGAGCCUGAAGAAGCUGGGGUUGUCAGGAAGUAGGAUCACUGCCCGAGGCAUCAGCCACCUGGUGCAGGCUUUGCCCCUCUGUCCACAGCUGGAAGAGGUCAGCUUUCAGGACAACCAGCUCAAGGACGGGGAGGUCCUGAACAUCGUGGAAAUACUUCCCCGCCUGCCGCAGCUCCGGAUGCUUGACCUGAGCCGCAACAGUGUCUCCGUGUCAACUCUCCUCUCCUUGACAAAGGUGGCAGUCACGUACCCUACCAUUAGGAAGCUGCAGGUCAGGGAGACAGACCUCGUCUUCCUUCUCUCCCCACCUACAGAGACGACCACAGAGCUACAAAGAGACCCAGACCUACAGGAAAAUGCCAGCCUGAGGAAAGAGGCUCAGAGGAGAAGCCUGGAGCUCAGGCUCCAGAAGUGUCAGCUCAGGGUCUAUGAUGUGAAACUGCUCCUCGCCCAGCUCCGGAAAGGUCCACAGCUGGAUGAAGUGGACCUCUCAGGGAACCAGCUGGAAGAUGAAGGCUGUCAACUGGUGGCAGAGGCUGCGCCCCAGCUGCACAUCGCCAGGAAGCUGGACCUCAGCGACAAUGGGCUUUCUGUGGCUGGGAUGCAACGUGUGCUGAGUGCAGUGAGAACCUGCCGGACCCUGGCAGAGCUACACAUCAGUCUGCUGCACAAAACCAUGGUGCUCAUGUUUGCCCCAGAACCAGAGGAGCAGGAGGGGAUCCAGAAGAGGCUGACACAUUGUGGCCUGCAAGCCCAGCACCUUGAGCAGCUCUGCAAAGCGCUGGGAGGAAGUUGCCACCUCACGUACCUCGAUUUAUCAGGCAAUGCUCUGGGGGACGAAGGUGUGGCCCUGCUGGCUCAGCUGCUCCCAGGGCUGGGUGCCCUGCAGCUGCUGAACCUCAGUGAGAACGGUUUGUCCCUGGAUGCUGUGUUCAGUUUGACCCAAUGCUUCUCUACAGUGCAGUGGCUUCAGCGCUUGGACUUCAGCUCUGAGAGCCAGCACGUCAUCCUGAGAGGUGACAGCAGAGGCAGGCAUCUCUUGGCUGGCGGAUCUUUGCCAGAGUUUCAAGCUGGAGCCCAGUUCUUGGGGUUCCGUCAGCGCCGCAUCCCCAGGAGCUUCUGCCUCAAGGAGUGUCAGCUGGAGCCUCCGAGCCUCUCCCGCCUUUGUGAGACUCUGGAGAAGUGCCCGGGGCCUCUGGAAGUCGAAUUGUUCUGCAAGGUCCUGAGUGACCAGAGCCUGGAGACCCUGCUGCGUCACCUUCCCCGGCUCCCCCAACUAAGCCUGCUGCAGCUGAGCCAGACGGGACUGUCCCCGAGGAGCCCCCUCCUGCUGGCCGACCUCUUCAGCCUGUACCCACGGGUUCAGAAGGUGGAUCUCAGGUCCCUCCAUCACAUGACCCUGCACUUCAGGUUUAGCGAGGAGCAGGAAGGUGGAUGCUGUGGCAGGUUCACAGGCUGUGGCCUCAGCCAGGAGCACAUGGAGCCGCUGUGCUGGUCGCUGAGCAAGUGUGAGGACCUCAGCCAACUGGACCUCUCCGCCAACCUGCUGGGUGAUGACGGGCUCAAGUCCCUCCUGGAAUGUCUCCCUCAGGUGCCCAUCUCCGGUUCGCUUGAUCUGAGUCACAACGGUAUCUCUCAGGAAAGUGCCCUCCGCCUGGUGGAAACCCUUCCCUCCUGCCCACGUGUCCGGGAGGCCUCGGUGAACCCGGGCUCCAAGCAGACCUUCUGGAUUCACUUCUCCCGAAAGGAGGAGGCUAGGAAGACACUAAGGCUGAGUGAGUGCAGCUUCAGGCCAGAGCACGUGCCCAGACUGGCCACCGGCCUGAGCCAGGCCCUGCGGCUGACAGAGCUCACGCUGAACCAGGGCUGCCUGGACCUGGAGCAGCUGACCAUCCUCCUGGGCCUGCUGAAGUGGCCAGCGGGGCUGCUGACUCUCAGGGUAGAGGAGCCGUGGGUGGGCCGAGCGGGAGUGCUCACCCUGCUGGAAGUCUGUGCCCACGCCUCAGGCAACGUCACUGGAAUAAGCAUCUCUGAGACCCAGGAGCAGCUCUGUAUGCAGCUGGAAUUUCCCCAUCAGGAGAACCCAGAAGCCGUGGCCCUCAGGUUGGCUCAUUGUGACCUCGGGACCCACCACAGCCUCCUUGUCAGGGAGCUAAUGGAGACAUGCGCCAGGCUGCGGCAGCUCAGCUUGUCCCAGGUGAAGCUCUGCGAGGCCAGCUCUCUGCUGCUGCAAAGCCUCCUGCUGUCCCUCUCUGAGCUGAAGAACUUCCGGCUGACCUCCAGCUGUGUGAGCUCUGAUGGGCUAGCCCACCUGACAUUUGGUCUCAGCCAUUGUCACCACCUGGAGGAGCUGGACUUGUCUAACAAUCAGUUUGGCAAGGAGGACACCAAGGUGCUAAUGGGAGCCCUUGAGGGCAAAUGCUGGCUGAAGAGGCUUGACCUCAGCCACUUGCCUCUGGGCAGCUCCACCCUGGCCGUGCUUAUUCAAGGACUGAGCCACAUGAGCCUCCUGCAGAGCCUCCGUCUAAGCAGGAGCGGCAUUGAUGACAUCGGCUGCUGCCACCUCUCCGAGGCGCUCAGAACUGCCACCAGCUUGGCGGAGCUGGGCUUGAGCCACAACCAGAUCGGAGACACCGGUGCCGAGCACUUAGCUGCCAUCCUGCCGGGGCUGCCUGAGCUCAGGAAGAUAGACCUCUCAGCCAAUGGCAUCGGCCCGGCAGGGGGAGCGCGGUUGGCAGAGUCCCUCACCCUUUGCGAGCACCUGGAGGAGCUGAUGCUUGACUGCAAUGCUCUGGGAGAUCUCACAGCCCUGGGGCUGGCCCGAGGGCUGCCCCAGCACCUGAGGGUCCUGCACCUGCGGUCCAGCCACCUGGGCCCGGAGGGGGCGCUGAGCCUGGGCCAAGCACUGGAUGGAUGCCCAUACGUGGAAGAGAUCAGCUUGGCCGAGAACAGCCUGGCUGGAGGGAUCCCACAUUUCUGUCAGGGGCUCCCGCUGCUCCGGCAGAUAGACCUGAUGUCAUGUGAGAUUGACAACCAGACUGCCAAGCCCCUCGCCGCCAGCUUCGUGCUCUGCCCGGCCCUGGAAGAAAUCAUGCUGUCCUGGAAUCUGCUCGGCGACGAGGCAGCUGCUGAGCUGGCCCAGGUCCUGCCGCGGAUGGGCCGACUGAAGAGAGUGGAUCUCUUUCCUCUUCCUCUGUGUCCGCCGGGAAGCCUGGAGAAGAAUCGGAUCACAGCUUACGGAGCCUGGCUCCUGGCUGAAGGGCUGGCUCAGGGCUCUGGCAUCCAAGUCAUUCGCCUGUGGAAUAACCCCAUCCCCCAGGACACGGCCCAGCAUCUGCAGAGCCAGGAGCCCAGGCUGGACUUUGCUUUCUUCGACCAUCAGCCACAGGUCCCCUGGGAUGCUUGACGGCCCCCGCAAGACCCUUCCAAUACAGCCAAGUGAUGUCCGCUUCUAUCCCCCAGGAUAGAGGGCUCAGGAAAAGAGCCUCAGCUGCCUGUGCCAGCACACUGUUCCAGGAGGGAGAGACGCCGUUUUCCAGGCACGGUCUUCAGAAUGGACUUUUUGGGCGACAAAGAGCCUACCAUGGCCGACAGACCACCCUCCAUCACACAUGACAUGCAUGACCAGUCGGGGACAUGCAGCACAGUGAGGAUGUCGUGGCGUGAUGCAAGAGACAGAAGGUCGCACGUGGCAGCGUUCCAUGUGACAUUGCAUGAAACCUGCAGUGUGGCCUGUGGGUCGUUGGCGUGGGUUCUAUCACUACAUGUGAUUGGCAGUCCAUAUUUGAGACAUGGCACAUGUCCAUGUCGUAUGCCAUGUGGCUGGCCAGAUGCCCUCAUGCUGGUCCAAGAUUUAAUUUAUUAAUUUUUUAAACAAAGUAUGUAUUUAUAGAUUACCUUUCCAGAGCAGCUAAACCAGGGAAUGUCUUCCAAACAAGUGGGAUGAGGAAAGCAUACAAGCACUGACCAGCCCAGUGGCCCGAGGUCCAGGGCCCUGGGCCAAGCCAGGGAUUUAGCCACGAGGCUUGUGGAUGACUAUCCUCUCGCCUCAAGCCUCAGUUUUCCCAAUCGGGGAACUGGCUCACCCCUCCCGUAGCUUCCCAGGUCUUAGAACCCAGGGCCAGGUAGCGUUAGCCUGACCUUGGGGAUCACAGGCCUGGGCUGUCCUGUGUAAGGGACAAAGCCAGAUCUAAGGAUGCAGCGGGUGGGGACUGCCAAGUUAGGCAAGGCCGCUGGACCCGGCCACUACCUCAGUGGAAUCUGACUGAACUCCCGGGAGCUCACAGUGUUCAUGUUGUUUCCAAGAAGGCCCAAGGAUUGUGAGCCAAGUUUGAUCAAUAAAUGUGAGUGAUCUUCCGGC